AUGGAAAAGCGUAACACCAAUCUAAUUCUUGUCGGUCCAGGGACAUGUCACAGGAUUUCGUUGACAGGGAUUCGGUUUCCUCUGAAUGAAAUUAGAGCGCUUGCACAGAUUGGUAAGGGACUUGGAGUUGGAGGUAUGAGGCUGGCACCGAAGAAGAAAUCGCAGGUACCACAGCUGAUAGAUGCGUUGCUCUCUAUGAAAAUAGGAGCGGGGGAAACUCUUCGGAGUUAUGCCAAUAGGUAUUGGGAGUUGUAUAAUGAGAUCAGUGGGGGUAAUGAGAAGGUGGUUGCAAGUACUUUCAGGUUGGGUUUGCCCGAAGAUUCAGAGUUACGAGAAUCAUUGACCAAAAGGCCUCUCGUGAAUAUGCGGCAAUUUAUAAGGUGUAUUGAGGAGUAUAAAAUGUUGGAAGCUGAUUGGGAGCAAAGCAAAGGAAAGGCACCUAUCGCAUUGCAAUACUUGAAGGAGUCUUGGUUAGGGGGUUUUCAGCCAUGGGUUAGAAGGGAGUUAAGGAUUCAGGAGCCCGAUACCCACACUAGGGAAAUCAAUGUGGUGUUUAAGGAGGCCGUACAUAAGAUUUUGGAACGAAUAAAAAAUGAACCAUACUUUCGAUGGCCGAGCAAAAUGGGGGGUGACCCAACAAAAAGGAAUCAGAACCUAUACUGUACUUACCAUCAGGACAAAGUGCACACCACUGAACAAUGUAGGAUAUUCAAGGAUCAUCUGGAGUAG